AUGACCGGUGAAACUGAGAUGGAGGUGGAGAAGGAUUUAUCCUCGCUUGCUAAAGUUGGAGUAGCUGUUAUCAAGGCGGAAUUCUUAAAGAAAGUUGAGGUAAGUGUGCUUUUUGUUUUACGUUUGUGUUUUUAGGACAUAGAGUACGUUAUGUUGAGUAUAUUUUGGCUUUACCUAACCGUUUUCUAAGCUGAAAAUUUACCUAUAAGCUUCCUUUAGGAUGCAGAACCAAUGGACACUGGAAAGCCUGAUCCGGUGAAAGAUGAAGCCCAAGUUGCUGCUGAUAAAGCCAGAAAAGCGGCUAGACGAGGUCAGGAUCGUAAAAGAGAAAAGAAAAUGGCACACGCGAUGGCUGAUGUUAGACAAAACUCGAUGAGACUGUGUCCAUCAAUGUUGAUACCUGGAAGAGAAUGUAGAUUUGGGGCUAAAUGCAACGCUUCUCAUGAUAUUAAGGAUUAUGUGGCGAAGAAAGAAGAGGAUAUAAGUAUGUCUUUUUCAUUAUAUGUUAACAUUUAGUGAGAAAAUUUUAUUUUGUAGCAUAAAAACAUAGAAUGAUAUUGUAAUAGCCGUAAAAGGUUGCUAGAAUCUAUUACUAUAAUGUUUUCUUUUGAGAAGUCGUAACGUUUAUCCUUCAGGACCUUCUUGUAUCAUAUACGACCAACUUGGCAAGUGUAAUUUUGGUGUUUCUUGUCGAUUUGCCAAAGCCCACACCAAUCCAGAUACAUUUGAACAGCUAGAAAAGCAAGCUCAAGAAGCUUAUCAACCGACUUUGAACGCUGAUGGUGUUAAACUUCAGAAGUUGAUGCGGAAACACGAAUAUGAUUUUAAGAAGUCAGAUGAUGCUCUGGUACUGUACCGUGAAUUGAAGAAGCAGGAGAUUGCAACAGGAGCAAUGGAGAGAGAAAAGCUGAAGAUGAACAUGCGUGAUCUUAAGGGUAAAAAGUAUUUGGCACCGUUGACUACUGUUGGAAAUCUGCCAUUCAGAAGGCUGUGUGUAGAAAUGGGAGCUGAUAUUACUUGUGGUGAAAUGGCUGUGGCUACAAGUUUGCUUCAGGUGGGAUUUGGUCUCUAUUUUCUCUCAGAUAAUAUUGUUUUAAAGCGCAAGUAGAAUAUGAAUGAUUAAUUUUACUAACGGAAGAACGUUGCCUUAAUCUUAAGUUAGGUAUGGUAUCGUUUUAGGGCAAUCCAAGUGAAUGGUCAUUGAUUAAACGUCACCCGUCAGAGAAAAUAUUCGGAGUUCAGCUGGCUGGUGGGUUUCCAGAUACGAUGGCAAAAGCAGCUCAGAUCUUGACCGAAAACAUGCAAUUAGACUUUAUUGACAUCAACUUGGGAUGCCCGAUUGAUGCUGUGAACGACAAGGGCGGUGGUUGUGCGUUGUUCAACCGGUCAAACAAGCUGAUGGAGGUAAGAAUUUGAAAUAUUUGUAAAAAAGGUUUUUUUAUUUUUUAAGUUUGGCAAUAUCAAAUUUUUAAAAUACGUUUAGUUUUUUAAAUAUUCAUUAGAAUAUAUCUAUACAGAUAUAUCUAUAGCAAUUAUUAUUUAUUUUUAUCAAUUGCAGGUGGUUCAUUGCAUGCAAUCAGUGAUGAAAGACACCCCUCUGUCAGUAAAGAUGCGUUAUGGUCUAAAAGAAGGCGACAGAAUAGCACACAAAGUCAUCAGACGCUUAGUAAACGAAUACCCACCUCAACUUCUGACCAUUCAUCCAAGAUCAAAGGAGCAACGUUACACUAAAGCAGCUGAAUGGGACUACAUUCCCGAAUGUAUUGAAGCCGCCAAUGGCAAAGUACCAGUUUGGGUGAGUGGCGACUGUUACAACUAUGAAGAUUACUAUGCAAAUCUCGAAAACUACGCAGUAGAUGGCAUUAUGGUAGGCAGAGGAGCCUUGAUUAAACCUUGGUUAUUCACUGAAAUCGAUGAGAAACGUCAUUAUGACAUUUCGGCCACAGAAAGACUGGAUUUGAUCAAAAAGUUCUGCAAUUACGGACUAGAACAUUGGGGCACUGAUGAUGCUGGUAUUCAGACAACAAGAAGGUUCUUGCUUGAAUGGCUUAGUUUCCAACAUCGCUACGUGCCAACUGGUAUUCUGGAGUAUCUGCCACCGAAAAUCAACCAAAAACCAUUGCCAUAUUAUGGAAGAUGCGAGAUGGAAAGCUUGCUGGCUAGCCGAGCUUCGAGUGACUGGCUGAAGAUUUCGGAAAUGUUUUUGGGAAAAACUCCACAAGGCUAUCUGUUUGUACCUAAACAUAAGGCUAACGCUUAUUGA